ACAGCCUGCUUUUUGCCGAAUCCUAGUAUGUUUGCUAACUAGCUGAGUGUUGGUGUAUGUACAGAUGCGGAGGAGAACGAAACGCAGAGAUAUAACGCACCUGCGGAACCAGCAGCACCCGUAAAGCGAAAACAAUGUUCGGCCGGUCCCGGAGCUGGGUCGGAGGACAAGGGAAAACGAAAAACAUCCACUCACUGGAUCAUCUCAAGUACAUGUACCAUGUGCUGACCAAAAACACCACAGUGACGGACCACAACAGAAACCUCCUUGUGGAAACCAUCCGCUCCAUCACAGAGAUCCUCAUCUGGGGAGACCAGAAUGACAGUUCUGUGUUUGACUUCUUCCUGGAGAAGAACAUGUUUGCCUUCUUCCUCAACAUUCUUCGUCAGAAGUCUGGACGCUAUGUGUGUGUGCAGCUCCUUCAGACGCUCAACAUACUGUUUGAAAACAUCAGCCAUGAGACGUCACUGUAUUACCUGCUCUCCAACAACCACGUGAACUCCAUCAUCGUCCACAAGUUUGACUUCUCGGACGAGGAGAUCAUGGCCUACUAUAUCUCCUUCCUCAAGACUCUGUCACUUAAACUGAACAACCACACUGUGCAUUUCUUCUACAAUGAGCACACUAAUGACUUUGCCCUGUACACCGAAGCCAUUAAGUUUUUCAACCACCCUGAAAGCAUGGUCCGCAUUGCAGUCCGCACCAUCACGCUCAACGUCUACAAAGUUUCAUUGGACAACCAGCACAUGCUACAUUAUAUCCGAGAUAAGACGGCUGUGCCAUAUUUCAGCAACCUGGUCUGGUUUAUCGGCAGCCAUGUCAUCGAACUGGACAAAUGUGUGCAGACUGAUGAAGAACAUAAAAAUAGAGGGAAGUUAAGUGACCUGGUAGCGGAGCAUCUUGACCACCUUCACUACUUGAACGACAUCCUCAUCAUCAACUGUGAAUUCCUGAAUGACGUUUUGACUGACCACCUCCUCAACCGCCUGUUCCUGCCGCUCUAUGUCUACUCUCUGGUCAGUUCUGAGAUGUCUGAAGAGCGAAAGAUCAACCCUCAGGUGUCCUUGUACCUGCUGUCUCAAGUGUUUCUCAUCAUCCAUUAUCAGCCUCUGGUUGAUGCCCUGGCUGACGUAAUCCUCAAUGGAGACCUGUCUGUUUUCACACCACAGACAGAUAUACACAGCACACACAAGAACAUGGCCAGUACAGGAGGUGUACGUCGGUUCACCAAACCCCCGGAGUCUCUGGAGCGCUCUCUGGAGUUGUCCCGCCAUCGGGGUCGAAAGAGAACCCAAAAGAGGCCAAACUACAAAAACCUGGGAGAAGAGGAGGACGAUGAAAGGGCAGGGGGAGGCGGGAGCAGCGGAGGAGGUGGAGAGGAGUGCUGGGACGAGAAUGGCAGAGGAGAGAGGGAUGGAGGUCGAGAGAGGGAGAAGGGAAAAGGUACAGAGGGAGGAGGAGGAGGUGGGAGCUCUAAGGGAAGCAGAGCGAGUGGGGAGACAGCGGAAGAGAUUGAGAUGGUGGUGAUGGAGAAGUGUAAAGUGUCCGAGCUGACGGAACAGAACAUUACAGAUGAGGAAAAAACGGCAGCAGCCGCCGCCACCCGGGGACACGCACACAGGAGCAGGCCGUUCUUAGACAUGGUUUACAGCGCUCUAGACUGCACUGAUGACGACUACCACGCCUUGUUCGUCCUCUGUCUGCUUUAUGCCGUCUCGCACAGCAGAGGUAUAAAACGAGAUCUGUUAGAGCGUCUUCAGUUACCGGUUCCUGACCAGGAGAGGAGUUCCUACAGCCUGGUGCUGGUGGAGAGGCUCAUCAGAGUCAUGAGCCAGGCAGCACAGCCAGACAGUAAAGUGCGUCUGGCCACCUUGGAGCUGAACUGCCUUUUGCUGAAGCAGUCUGUGCUGUCUGAAAGCUGUUGCAUAAUCAAAGACGUCCACUUGGCCUGCCUAGAGGGUGCAAGAGAAGAAAGUCUGCUUUUGCUGAGGAGAUUCUACAAGGGGGAGGAGAUCUUUCUGGACAUGUUUGAAGAUGAAUACAGGAGCAUGACGAGUAAGCCCCUGAAUGUGGAGUACCUAAUGAUGGAUGCCUCAGUGCUCCUGCCUCCCACUGGCACCCCACUGACUGGCAUCGACUUCGUUAAGAGACUUCCCUGUGGAGACGUGGAGAAGACACGCAGGGCCAUCCGUGUGUUUUUCAUGCUGCGGUCAUUGUCACUUCAACUUCAGGGAGAACCUGAGACCCAGCUCCCUCUGACUAGACCUGAAGACCUCAUCAAGACAGAUGACGUCUUAGACCUCAAUAAUAGCGACUUAAUAGCCUGCAUGGUGGUCAGUAAAGAUGGUAUUCAAGCCCAGAGGUUCCUUGCUGUAGAUAUCUACCAGAUGAGUCUUGUGGAACCAGAAACCAAACGCCUUGGGUGGGGGGUUGUCAAGUUUGCUGGACUUCUGCAAGAUAUGCAGGUGUCUGGUGUAGAGGACGACAGCCGAGCACUAAAUAUUGUCAUCCAUAAACCCAGCUCCAACCCCCAUGCCAAGCCGCUGCCCAUCCUGCAGGCCAACUUCAUCUUUGCCGACCACAUCCGGUGCAUCAUCGCCAAACAGAGACUGGCCAAAGGCCGCAUCCAGGCCCGACGUAUGAAGAUGCAGAGAAUUGCAGCUCUGUUGGACCUGCCUGUGCAGCCCAGUGCAACAGAUGUUUUGGGCUUUGGUCAAACAACCAGUGCUUUGCCCAGCGGCCUGCCGUUCCGAUUCUAUGAACAGUCGAGACGUGCGCCCAAUGACCCCACAGCCAACAGAUCGGUUUUUGCCUCUGUUGACAAAGUUCCAGGUUUUGCGGUGGCUCACUGCAUGUCACAGCACAGUCCCUCCCCCCUGUCUUCCCCGUCGCCUCCCUCCAGUGGGAGUGGCAGCACAGGAAGAUGUGACUCUGUCACUGCAAGUACGAUAUCAGCACAGAGCCCCGCAGAUGAAGGGACAUUUUUGGAACACACUCCUCCCUCCUCCUCAGGUGGAGAAGGUGACAGAGGAGGAGGUGAAGUAUCCCUGGUCUCCUCUGCCCCCACAGUUUCCGCUUCGGCCUUGGCCCCAAGCCUCACCCCAGCCUCUCAGCCUACCAUCUCACUUCUGACUGACAGUAACGCUGACAGGCUCAGCGUGGAGUCGCUCACGCUGCUGCCGCCCGCUGAAUCGCCACACCUGCAUCCCUGCUCUGCACACGCAUCUGUCACGCGCUUCCGCCAAAAACCAGACGCCUCCAUCCUGGAGGAGGACGAGAAGGACGAAGAUGAAAACUCAAGAGAAGAGAAGGAGGAUGUGACAAUAGGAGAGGAAACAGCAGGGACAGAGUUGGACGUACCUGAGCACACAGAGGGGGCGGAGCCUGUUGAUAAAGACAAUUCCACAUUCGUGGAGUUUGAAAGAAAUGGAGCUGCAAAGCUGCUGGAUAGAGUUCACUUGACAACAGCAGAGUCUGAAGAGAUGACUGAAGUCUCAGAGAUCCAGCCUGAAACGGCAUCAGACUCACCUGAACUGGAUUAAGCACCACACACACACACACACACACACACACACACACACACACACACACACACACACACACACACACACACACACACACACACACAGCUCUCAGUAACAUGUAGACACACAGCUAUCAGCGCCACCGGUGUAAAAAAUUCUGCAGUGUUAAAAUUCAUCUUGAAACAUAUCAAGAAUAAAACUGCAAUGUUUUGAGAACAAAAAAUGUACCUAAACAAGCGUAAAAUCAUAAU